AUGGCAUCCUUGCCCAUAUCGAGACACGGCCGGAACGAUUCCAGGACAGGAACGCCGGCGUCCGGCACCUUUGCGCCCUCUUUCAUAAAAUCCGAACCCAUAAGGCCAAGCUUCGACGCGGUCAAGGGGAUUGAAGGCGAGAAUGACUUUUCUGGCAAGCGCUAUGUCUGGUUGAAGGACCAAAAGACAGCGUUCGUCAAGGGGUGGGUCGUCGAGGAGCUCGACAAUCAGCGAAUCUUGGUCCAAUGCGACGAUGGGAGUCAACGAGAAGUCGACCUAGAGAGUGUCGAUAAGGUUAACCCCGCCAAGUUCGACAAGGCAAACGAUAUGGCCGAGUUGACGCACCUGAACGAGGCGUCGGUGGUUCACAACCUCCAUAUGCGCUACCAGUCUGACCUCAUAUAUACCUACUCCGGCCUUUUCCUUGUCACCGUCAAUCCUUACUGUCCACUCCCGAUUUACACGAACGAGUACAUUAAUAUGUACAAGGGCCGGAGUCGGGAAGACACGAAGCCGCACAUCUUUGCCAUGGCCGAUCAUGCCUUCCGGAAUCUAGUCGAUGAAGGAGAAAACCAGAGUAUUCUGGUAACUGGAGAGUCCGGUGCUGGGAAGACUGAAAACACGAAAAAAGUUAUCCAGUAUCUCGCUGCUGUUGCCCAUUCCGACUCCUCAGUUAAGAACAGGUCUCAGCACUCCAGUCUUUCUCAACAGAUUCUUCGGGCUAACCCGAUUCUUGAAUCCUUCGGAAAUGCCCAAACCGUCCGUAAUAACAACUCCUCACGUUUCGGCAAAUUUAUCCGCAUCGAAUUCACUCGAACAGGUUCCAUCGCGGGUGCCUUCAUCGACUGGUACCUCUUAGAAAAGUCUCGUGUUGUGAGGAUCAAUGCCAACGAGCGCAACUAUCAUAUUUUCUAUCAGCUCUUGAAUGGUGCAGAUAGCAGGAUGAAGCGCGAGUUCCUCCUGGAUGGCCUCCAUGUCGACGAUUUUGCCUACACCCGUGGUGGACAGGAUACCAUUGUUGGUAUUUCUGACAGAGAAGAGUGGGAUGCCCUCCUCGAGGCAUUUUCGGUAAUGGGAUUCUCGGAUAAGGAACAAAGCUCCAUCCUACGAACAAUCGCUGCAGUCCUGCACUUGGGCAACAUCUCUGUCGUAAAAGAAAGCCGGAUGGCAGAUCAAGCUCGGCUGGCGUCUGACGGAGAGCAGCAAGCCUCCAAGGUCUGCCAACUCCUUGGAAUUCAGCUUGAGCCCUUCCUCCAGGCCCUCUUACACCCCAAGGUCAAGGCCGGCCGGGAAUGGGUGGAGAAGGUCCAGACGCCCGAGCAAGUCCGACUUGCUCUUGAUGCUCUCGCCAAGGGUAUCUACGAGCGAGGGUUUGGCGAUCUCGUCACCCGGAUAAACCGACAAUUGGACCGCACAGGGAUGGGCAUGGACGACUCGCAUUUUAUUGGCGUGCUCGAUAUUGCCGGUUUUGAAAUCUUCGAGGAGAAUAGCUUCGAGCAACUCUGCAUCAAUUAUACGAACGAAAAGUUGCAGCAAUUCUUCAACCAUCACAUGUUCGUGCUCGAACAAGAGGAAUAUGCCAGAGAACAGAUUGAGUGGCAAUUUAUCGACUUUGGCCGAGACCUACAGCCCACCAUCGACUUGAUUGAGCUCCCGAACCCCAUCGGCAUCUUUUCUUGUCUCGACGAGGAUUGCGUGAUGCCCAAGGCCACCGAUAAGUCUUUCACAGAGAAGCUGAACUCUCUCUGGGAGAAGAAGUCGGACAAGUAUCGGCCGUCUCGUCUGGGCCAAGGAUUCGUCCUCACCCAUUACGCUUCUGAGGUUGAGUACUCCACCGAGGGUUGGCUAGAAAAGAACAAAGAUCCCCUUAAUGAUAAUAUCACCCGCCUGCUCGCCGCCUCAAGUAACGCCCAUGUCGCAAACCUCUUUGCCGAUUGCGCAGAUCCCGACGAUGAACAUGGAGGCGCUAGAAGCCGGGUCAAGAAGGGUCUCUUCAGGACCGUUGCCCAACGCCACAAGGAACAGCUACAUAGCCUCAUGGCUCAGCUUCAUUCGACUCACCCUCACUUUGUUCGUUGUAUCCUCCCUAACCAUAAGAAGAGACCGAAGCAGUUCAACAACUUGCUUGUUCUUGAUCAGCUCCGGUGUAAUGGUGUUCUAGAGGGUAUCCGAAUCGCCCGUACUGGUUUCCCCAAUCGCCUUGCCUUUGCCGAAUUUCGACAGCGGUAUGAAGUCCUCUGCCGUGAUAUGCCCAAGGGAUACUUGGAAGGUCAAUCCGCCGUGGCGAUCAUGCUGGACAAGCUGGGCCUGGAUAGAACCCUCUUCCGUGUGGGGUUGACCAAAGUCUUUUUCCGCGCCGGUGUUCUUGCCGAACUCGAAGAGAAGCGGGACACCUUGAUCACGGAACUUAUGACUCGCUUCCAGGCGGUGGCUCGAGGAUACGUACGAAGACGCAUCGCCUAUAAGAGACUGUUCAGGGCUGAAGCUACGCGGAUCAUUCAAUCCAACUUCCGAGUCUAUUUAGACCUAGUGGACAAUCCUUGGUGGCAGCUCCUUGUCAAGAUGAAGCCCCUACUUGGUAACACCAGGUCGGCAACAGAAGUCAAGAAGCGGGAUGAAAUGAUACGUCAGCUGAACGAGAAAAUCCAGACCGAGGCGGAGUCGAGGCAAAAGCUUGAAGAGGAUAGGCGCAAUACACAUGCCGAAAUGAUGCGCAUUCAGCAAACCCUGGAAAGCGAGAGAGCGCUCGCGCUAGACAAGGAGGAGAUUUUCAAACGCUUGCAAUUGCGCGAGGCAGAGCUUGAGGAUAAGCUGGCUGGUGCUCUUGAUGACCAGGAGAGGCUUGAGGACCAAUUGGAUGAUCUGUUAGCGGCCAAGAAGCAAGCGGAGGUGGAGGUAGAGAAAUAUCGAUCCCAACUGGAGCAAGCUGCUGGUCUUAUUGCCCGCCUCGAGGACGAAAAACAAACACUCGCCCAAAAGGUUGUCGACCUCGAGGCGGCGAUCGAAGACAUUUCACAGAAGCAGUCCCAGCGAAGCGAGCAAGAGGCCCUCCUAGAGGAGGAGAUCAAGAUGCUUCAGAGUCAGCUGGCGAUGAAAGAUAGAAAGACGAAGGAUCUUGAGAGCAGGCUUCUCAAGGCCGAUCAAGAUCUAGAAAUCAAGCUCCACACCGCCCAGAAGGAGCUCCAGUCCUCGAAACUUAGGGAGCAGCACCUUACCCGGGAGAACCGAGACGUUCAGCAACAGCUUUCGCAACUGUCCAAGACUUCAACAGACUACGAGGAUUUGGUCAGGAAGAAGGAAAGCGAGUUGGCCUUACUCCGAAGUGACAAUAAGAAGUAUGAGAUGGAGCGACGUGAUUUUGAAGCGCAAAAGGCUGCCUUGGUCGAGGAGAAGCAAACGGCGACGAAUCGGAUGCGGGAGAUCCAUGCCGAGAUUACCGCAAUGAAGUCUCAACAGUCUCAACUACAACGGGAGGCUGAAGACGCGAGGAACUUGCUACAGGCACGCCUAUCCGAGGACGCUCAAGCAGACCAGAACCGCAAACUUCUAGAGGAUCAAAUCAAGGACCUAAAGGAGGAACUCUACAAGACUCAAAUGGACCUCAGCAGAGAACGACAAUCCCGAGACGACGUUCUCCUCCUCGGCGAGCAUAAGUACGAAACGCUCAAGGAGGAGUAUGAUAGACUUAACGAGUCUAAGAUCAUCAUCGAAAAGGAGCUUUACGUCCAGCAAGACACCUUACGCCGAACCAUGGAGGCACGCGCGACCGCGGAAAAGGAGCGAGACGAGGCGCGUGAUGAAAUCCGGCGCCUCCGAGCGGCGAAGGCCCAGGCGGAGGAGGCGAGGAUCGAGGCCGAAGUCGCAGGUGAAAAGAUGGCCAGCAAGGUCGCCCGCGACCGGGAAGCAAGUUUGAUGAAGGAUCUUGAUGCUGCUCAUGAGCGCCUUCAGUGGUUUGAGGUUGAGUGCGCCAACUUGAACCAGAAGGUCGAGGAUCUAAACAAACUCAUCCUCGAGUCUGGCAACUUUGGCUUAAAGAAUGACCAAGCCAAGGAAAGACUGGAACGAGAACUAGCCACGGUCAAGAGUCGCCUCGCGGCGUCGGAAAAUGAUAACCGCGCCCUCCUCAACAAGCUGCAGCACAAGGGUUUGGAAAUUGCCAGGUCUACCUCCCGAGCGAACGAAGCCUCCCGUAACCAAGCCAUGUCGAUGCAAAGAGAAAAGGCUAGGCUCGAGGAGCAAAACCAUAAGCUUCAUAAGCAACUCGAGGAAUCUCAGCUUAGCGUCGCAUCGCUGGAGAAGAAGGUUGAAAAGCUCCUACUUAACCUCGAAGAUCUUAACCAUGAGGUGGCCCGCGAACUCAAGACAAGUCGGAACGCGGAAAAGAUGUCGUCCAACUUCACAGUUCAACUUGCGGAGGCCAACCGCACCAUUGAGUCUGAGAGGCAGCUCCGCACACAGGCCCAAGGAACGGUGCGCACGCUUCAGGCUACGCUUGAUUCUCGCGACCAGGAAUUGCAGGACCUUCGCGACCAGAUGCUUAGUGUCCUCAAAACUCUCGAUCCGGCGGCAAACCUCAUUCCACCGCAAACGAACGGCGCAGCUGCGGAUAAACACCUCGCAAAAAAUUUCGACCUCAUCCGUAAGAUUGAAGAACUCCAGCAAAACCUUAGGGUACAGACAGCGGCACGAUCAAGCGCAGAGAACCAGCUGGCAGACCUCCGCGCCUCUCGGACUAGCGAGUCUCCCAGCCGACCCAGGCUCGAGGAGAUUCCCCUCAACGAGGCGCCGUUUAACCGAUCGCCUACUCAGAGGCACUCCAAGCUCCACGGCCGUCGCUUCUCUAAUGUCUCAACUCCGAACAGAAAACUCGGUCUCAACGAUGCUGAUCUUCAGGAUUCCGUUAGAUCGGAUCGUACGGCCGAUAUCCUGAGCUUCAACAACCGCAUGGACCUCAAGGCCGAGGUUGAGGAGCUCCAGAACCAGCUUCAACUAGCACAGAUGCAGAACCGACACCUCCAGAGCCAGCUGGACAGGAUGACCCCAGGGCCAGACAGCAUCCUCGACGAAAGUCCCUCUCUCCGUAGAAUGCAGAAACUUGAGCAAGCCAACAGCCGCCUCCAAGAAAUGCUCGAUGACUCUGCUAAGAAGGUUUCCGCAUUGGAGCGAAGCAUCAGGUCUGGCGAACUCUCUCUGCGUGAUCUGCAAACUCGCUCUCAUGAAGAGAUUCUCGAUGUACUUAAUAGCCAAGAGGAGUCGAGGAAGUCGCUCAUUGCCAGCCAUAAGGACGCCGUGGCAGAACUCUCAGACAUCAAAGCACAAUUCGAGAAAACCAGACACGAGCGAGCCAAGGCCGAGGUAGAGCUGCGCGAUGCUAGAUCCGACCUCGAGGAGAUGUCGUUGGCGAGGGAACAGGAGGCGGCGAGCCGUAAUCAGCUCCUUCAAGAGUUUGCUGAUCUCCAGAUCAGACUGGAUGCCGAGACGUCUAAGCUCGCCGACGUGACAUCUAGCUUGAAUCUCUACAAGAGCCGUGCAGAUGAGUACUUCAACAAGCUUGAGCAGGCUGAGAUCGCGGUUCUCAAGGCGAGCCGCGCUGAGCAGUUUGCUAAGGCUCAGGCAAAGGAAGCGGAAGACACUUGCGCCGAGAUCAUGGCGGAGCGGAAGAACAUGGAUGCCUCGAUCGAAGAUCUUCAACGUCAGAACCAGAAACUCGAGGAGAAGUUUGAGGACGUCUCAACCGACCUCGAAGCCGCCCUCCAGUCGAAGAAGCGUCUUCAGCACGAGCUGGAGGACUACCGAAACCAACGCGCAAUGGACAUUGAGGACAAGGAAUCGAGCAUGGAGCAGACGCGUAAGAAGUAUCAGGCCGAGUUCGCGACGCUGACCAAGGAGCUCGACCUCGCCAGGGAGGAGAAGCUAUUCAAGCAAGCCGAGAUUGUGAGACUUCGAGAAGAGCUCGACGAUCUUAGGUCUAAGUGGGACGAUGAAGUGCUCAAUAGCUCUACUUGGUCUAAGGAGAAAUCUCGACUCGAAACAGCGCUCGCCGAUGUGGUUUCUUCGCGAGAUGAAGCCGUCGAUGCCCACAAAGAAGCGCAGGGCAAGAUUGUCUCGCUCCUGUCUCAGGUGCGCAACCUCCGCAGCUCCGUCGACGACGUUACGGCGGAGCGCGACGCGCUUCUCAGGGAGAAGCGCAGCAUUGAGAUUCGCCUCGAGGAAGCCAUGUCUGGCCUGGACGAUCUCACCAGGGGAGAGAACCCGUCCCUGCGUGAUGCUGCCAACAUGGACAAGGAGAUUUUGGAUUUGAAGUCGAAGCUCGCGCAGCAGGAGGAUAUCGCCUUAGCUGCGGUAGAAAAGAUGAGGCGAUCCGAGGCUCUUUCUGCAGAAAUUCAGAAAGAUGCGCUCGUGGAGAGGGAGCUGAGCGCGCAGCUCCAAAAGGACAAGGCAGCCCUCGAGAAGGCCCUCAAUGAGGUCCAAGUCAAGCUAGUCGACCUUGAAACGAAGGGAUACUCUAGCGCCAGCCAGGACAUCAAAUUCCUUCACAAGCGUAUUCAAGAGCUUGAGAACCAACUCGAGACGCAGGAAGAAGAGCGAACCAAGUCCCAGCGCUCGGUCCGAAACGUUGACCGAGUCGUCAAGGACCUCCAGAGUCAGAUCGAGCGCAAGGACAAGCAAAACGCGCACCUAGCCGACGACGUGGCACGCUUCCAGGAGAAGGUCACCAAACUUCUCCAGACCAUUGACGAGCUCCAGGCUUCAGAGUCUACAAGCCAGUUGUCGGCGCGGCGGGCGGACAGGGAGCUACGCGAGGAGCGGGAGAAGUGCUUAAGGCUCGAGCGCGAGCUUGAAGGAUGGAAGUCUCUUAGGAUGGAGAAGGGUUCAUCCAUGGGAAGCAUCGGCAGAACAGGCACUUCCGGGACGUGGAGGUCGUCGCUUGGAGUGACGUGUGAGGACGAGAGUGAGAUCGAGGUGCCCAAGCGGAAGUCGAGCAUUAGUCGUGUGCCGAGCAUGACGAAGGGCUUCUUGUAA